AUGAGUCCCGAACAGAGUACUGAACUUGAAGAUAAGACAAAAGAACUCAAUAUUAAUUCGAAUUCAAAUGGUACAAAUAGUUCUACCAUCAAUUCCGAAUCAAUUAAACAAAAAACCUCAGAUGACCCCCAAGAUGAUGAAGAAGACGAUGAUGAGGUAGAUGAUCAACAAACAACUACAACUACAGGAGAUAAAAAAAAGAAAAAAAAGAAAUCAAACAAGAAAAAGAAAAAACUAGUGUCCAUUGACUCUUCAUAUCCAGAUGGUAUUUUCCCCGAGGGAGAAUGGCAAGAAUAUCAAUUAGAUUCAACAAAACAAAGAAUAACAGAUGAAGAAAAAAGAUACCUUGAUCGUCAAUUCAACAAUAAAUGGGAAGAUUUCAGAAAAGGUGCAGAAAUUCAUCGUAGAGUUAGACAAAAAGCCAAAUCAUCAAUAAAACCUGGAAUGAAAAUGAUUGAAAUUGCUGAUUUAAUUGAAAAUUCUAUUCGUACAUAUACAAAUAAUGAUCAUACUUUAAAACAAGGUAUUGGGUUUCCUACUGGAUUAUCAUUAAAUCAUGUUGCUGCUCAUUAUACUCCAAACACUGGUGAUAAAUUAAUUUUACAAAAAAAUGAUAUAAUGAAAGUUGAUAUUGGAAUUCAUGUAAAUGGUAGAAUUUGUGAUUCUGCUUUCACAAUGACUUUUAAUGAUGAUGGGAAAUAUGAUAUUAUAAUGGAAGCUGUUAAACAAGCAACAAAUACAGGUAUAAAAGAAAGUGGAAUAGAUGUAAGAUUAAAUGAUAUUGGUAUUGCAAUUCAAGAAGUUAUGGAAAGUUAUGAAAUGGAAGAAAAUGGUAAGGUAUACCCAAUAAAAUGUAUAAGAAAUUUAAAUGGUCAUAAUAUUGGAGAUUUCGUUAUACAUCUGGGAAAAACUGUUCCUAUUGUUGGGAAUGGAGAUAUGACAAAAAUGGAAGAAGGUGAAACUUUUGCUAUUGAAACUUUUGGAUCAACAGGUAAAGGUUAUGUAUUACCAGAAGGGGAAUGUUCUCAUUAUGCUUUAAAUCAAAAUAUUGACAAUAUAAAAUUACCAUCAGAAAAAGCAAAAACCUUGUUAAGUAACAUAAAAUCAAAUUUUGGUACAUUACCUUGGUGUAAACGAUAUUUAGAAAGAACUGGUGAAGAAAAAUAUUUAUUAGCUUUAAAUCAAUUAGUUCGUGCAGGAAUUGUUGAAGAUUAUCCUCCUAUUGUUGAUACCAAGGGAUCAUAUACUGCUCAAUUUGAACAUACUAUAUUAUUACAUCCUCAUAAAAAAGAAGUAGUAACAAGAGGUGAUGAUUAUUAA